GCAUGGCUUCAAUCAGAAACCUAGCUUCGGCGUGGAUACCUGACCUGCACCUGAGAUACCUUAGCGCGAUUCAGCUUCUUAUCUUUCUUUCUCCCGUGUGCUACUCGUGUGUAGAGUGUAGUUGACCAAUCCCAGUCCAGGCUGUAGAAAGGCUUCGUAUCCCCGUGCUAACGCUGACGUACAACCAACAACGUACCCAGCAAACAAUAGAGGCUCGCGAGUUCGUGAGUGAGUGUGCGAGAGAGCCUGUGAGUUAAAUCGUGCGCGCGCGCUUGUGACUGUGACUGUGCGCUGCCAUCGUCAUCAUUCGUCGCUGAUCUAGUUCAAUCUAGCCACCACUGGGUACACCUGGCUAAGGCUGACCGCGCUGCCGCUAUCGUCGAUUGGUUUGCAGUUCGUCUACUAGUUGCAAAGUCACCUUCGGGGUCUCCAAAGGGAAGGCAAAACGCGAAUCCAGCGUCUUUCGUGCGCCCCAAGCAAAACGCAAAGAAGACUUCCCCAAUCCGAAAAAGGGUUUUGAUGGACGUGCAUGUGUUCGCGUUCGAUUGAUCCAUUCGUCAUCGUAUUCGCUCAUCGUCCUCGUUGUACUCAUUGCCCCCGGGGAGCCAGCAGCUAGCCGAUAGGCGAACAAAAGAGACAGAGCAUCGUCCAUCGUCGGCGCCACGAGAUUAACGUUUAAUGUUCGCCAGCCGGACCACCACUACCGUUGACUACCAACGCUGCUCGAAGGAUCGAAGGAAGGCAAGACCGGGCCUCCACGAGCUGGCUACAGGCGGUUGUGCUAUUCUUGGCUGCCCUGUUCGCUUAUCACCAUCGGUGCUACAAUUGUGGAACGAUUAAGGCGCCAUCAUCGCUGGUAAAGUGCGACAUUGACGCCAUCAUCGUCGGGUUCCAUCACAUUCAGCGAACCACACAAUCUCAGGGUUGUCGUCGAACGACUUUUUUUGUGUUUGAGUAAUCCAAGUAAGCAGCACCGGCAGUUCGAGCCUUCUUUGCUAGGACUUUUGUGAGCGGUCAGAAGAAGACGAAUACGCUGAUCCGAGCAAGCAGCGCCUUGAGGACGACGACGACGACGACGAAGUAGUCGACGGUGACGCUCAGCACAGCCGACCAUAUGUUGUGUUUCGGCGAAAAGGUGAACCUAUCCGAAUUGAUGUUGCUGAAUGUGUUGAUAAAACAUCUUAUAAACUCGAACAUUACAUAACAGUCCGGUACGUGCGUGCGUGCGGUGCGUACUAAGAGUGAGUUCAUACACAAAAAAGAAAACACACACAAACGUGUCGUAGGAGGAUCGUAGAAACGGGAACGGGGGCCAUCAGUAAGAGGGCACACCGAAGAGAGAACCGAGCGAAGACGCAAAUCUCCAAGGCGGAACGGAAACGAGGAAAAGCGGCCUCCCCCUGCGCGAGGAAACAAAGACAAAGAUUGUGGUUGCCAAGGUGGUGAGACUUGGCGGAUCGAGCGCGCGCGAUUCCAAAAACGCGCGACUGUCCACAGUGACAGUCCACGGACCCGAAAAGCGAACGACCAACGAGCAGUCCCUCUGGCAGUGGCGGUGGCAGAGGUGUGGUUUCUGUGGUCGUGCGGGUGCGGUAACACACUCGCAACAGCAGCAGCAGCAGCAGCAGCAGACCCCGCCAGCCCUCCUCGUGGCAGGAAGAACCCUCGCAUCGAACCACAGGGACAAGACGGGGGCAGCACAUUAGAGAGAGGUGAAAUCGGGCAACUAGGAGGUCCACGGAUACCAAAAGACCAACGUUGCCGGUGACAAAGAAAGCUACUAGCAAGGCGUGGAAGAGGGAGAGCUCGAUCAAACGCAAACUGUGGCAGAUUGGCACAGCAGCAGCAGCAGCAGCAGCAGCGGAGGCAGAAGCAGAGUAGGCAACGGAGUAUAACAGAGCGGAACCGCGACGACGAUCGUCGUGAAUCGUGAGGAGAGUCAUUACUGUCGCGCAAUUUUCCCUAUCGUCGCGGCCCGAUCGAAGGCACACGAGCGAGAAGCUGAGCGGAAAGCUCGGAUCACGACGACACACAAGCCGGGAAACCGUAGGAAACAGAUCCGCCUCUCGAUCAUCUCGAUCCAGCAGUGGCAGUAGCAGCAUUUGCGGCAACAUUAUCCCCGUAACCGGAGGGAACAAAAGAGAAAAAAAACGUUCACGUGUGCGUCACGAAAGCAAUAGUAGCAGCAAGGAUGAAUCUCGAUCAUCUGUUCAUCGUGGUCGUGGCGUUAGCGCUUGCCCUGCUAACGGGUCAUUGUAGUGGCCGGGCCGUAGAACUGGAUGCGGAUGGAGGUUCGAUCGCCGCGGCUUCGGAUGCCGCCGGUUCUCCAUCGUCCGCCUCUUCGUUGGGUAUCCGUGCCGGUGAGUCUGGACCUCGUACGACGAGACCGACCUUCGUGAAGAUCACAACCCCACCGCCAGCACGUGUUGCUCAGAUCCGUGGUACGACCGUCGAGUUGGAGUGCGAAAUCGUUGGUUCGCCUACCCCUAGCGUCCAGUGGGUGCACGGAAGUGGACAGACGGCCGAUUGGGAGGACAUCAGUGUGAACGUUAUCACGGAGGAAACGCCAACCUCGGUGGCCCGUGUGGUGAGCCGGUUGGUGAUUGAUCGAUCGUCACGUGCCUCGCAGACGACCUACACGUGCAUUGGUCGUUCCGCCGGUCAGCUGGCGAUGGCUUCGACCGUCGUUUAUCACAUUGAUGCCACCGGAUCGCGAUUGGGUAACUUCUCCGAUCUGAUGUUGUUGCGUCCGUUGGGUGCCGGUGCUACCUCGCCGACGCACACGUUCAUGAACCUUAAGAACGCCCGGAUAACGCUCCACUACAAGACACUGUUCGAGAACAUGGGCACGACGGUGGUGUUACCCUGCAAGGCAGUUGGACGGCCGGUACCGGAGAUUACUUGGCUCAACGAGGACGGUAACGUGGUGGGAAGCCUGCAGGAUCCGCGGCUCCGCACACUGCCAACGGGCGAGCUGAUCAUCACCGGUCUGCGGUGGACCGAUAUGGGAACCUAUACGUGCGUGGCCAAGAACGCAAUCUCGAAAGAUGAAGCGGAAACCUUCAUCUAUCCCGUACGACCCAAUUAAGCGAAAACAUGCAAACGUGGACCUUACACAGGUACAGUGUAGCACGGGUCCACACCUUUAUCUAUACCGAAACACAUACAGACACACAAACACACACGUACAUCGGCUGGGUAGCCCAGAUCGAUGGUCGAAAACACGUAUCUCUGCUUGUACUCUCCUGUAUGUAAGCGAUGUACCCUGUUCGAUCGCUGGCCACCUCGUUGGCCAUUUCGGGGGGCACAACAUAUUAUAAUAGAAGGAGAAAACCCUCUUAUGCCAUUUACUUAACUUAUUUGAAGUGGAAACCCGCAUAGUUUUUACCAAUAGUAUAAUCGUAAUUACUGAAGAAAUAAACUACAAACGAAUUCGAUUUAUGCGCCUGCAUUCGCAACUUCCUUGCAAAUGGCAGCUCCCACAGACUAACAUCACUUUUCCCCUUAAAAAAUGCAGUUUAUUUGCUAUCUCAUGUAGAGUAUUUGAGUAUUUGAAAUGUACGCUACGUACAAGUCUCGUAAGUUAUUUGCCUAGAAAGUGCAAAACAAAACGGGAAGGAUCUUUCCUUCCUCACAGGAACUAGGAAAAGGCGCUCUCUCUAUUUAGAAUGUUCGAAGGCCAUCCGGACUCGUCGUUGAGGUGCUUCUGGACGAUUUUUUUAACCAUCUACGUCUACAUCAUGUAUCUAGUAUUUAAUUAAACCCCUCCCAUUAAUGUAAAAGCAUGACGCAUCGUGCAGUGAGCAGAAGUAGAAGAGCAACAGAGGAGGAAAGAAGCGAAGAAGGAAAGUAAAGAAGAAACGCUACUGCAAACUUAAAAGCGAAACAGUGUAGGCCAUUUAGGUGUGUAAAUAGGGUUCUACCACAGUUCCCGGUGGUAACCGGCACGGCCUCACAUGUACUUCAUGCGGUACGAAAUGGAGCAGCGGUUUCAGCUAACUGUAAGGCGCUACUGGCCUGAAGUGAUACGGACGUCAUGCGGCCAAAGAACAGUAUGAAUUGCGAUAAGGAACAACGAUUGAAUUGAUCAAUAAAAUGUCUGUUAAAGAAAAG